UGGCAGAGUAUGGGGCCCGAGUGCCGACAACCACCAACUCGUCGUCGUCACGAUGCGACGUUUGCUCUCCCACCAUCCCACUUCACAUGACCGCACCGCCCAGCUCCUCUUGUUCCAGGCGCGCGAGCAGGUCUUGCCUCCCGGGUCGCGGUCGAGACAACAAGCCAGCCAGCCAGCAGUAGGCCAUCACCACCACCACAAUGCCCCUCCGCUGGGCAGUCGUCGCUGGCCUGCUCGUGAGCUUGAGCACCCUGCUUGCUCCUGCGGCCGCCACCAACAAUGACUUUGUCAACGCCGCCAACAAUGCGGCGAGUAAUCCGGCCGUCAACGUCGUCAACAGCGCCCAGCCGCCGCGGCCUUUUGACUGUCCGGGCUACAGCAGCUACGCCAAGCAGCGCAACGAGCCGCUCUCUCCCUUUGCCUACCAGCUGCCCUACCAGCGGCCCAGCCCAGAGUGCCGCACCUUCAACGCCUCGGCCGUCGAGGCCACCAUCCGCCGCAUGAAGGGCCAGAUCUUUGACCUCGACCUCCACCGCCUCUUUGAGAACACGUUCCCAAACACCCUUGACACCUGCAUCAAGUGGCGCGGCCAUGCUGCCAACAACACAGACGAGGAGCUCGCCUUCAUCAUCACCGGCGACAUCAACGCCAUGUGGAUCCGCGACUCGGCAAACCAGAUCGCUCCUUACAAAGUCGUCCUCAAAUCGGCCGCCGACGAUGUUGCCUCCGUCUUCCGCGGCGCCAUCAACCUCCAGGCCCGCUACCUCGUCAUCUCUCCUUAUUGCAACUCGUUUCACCCGCCCCCCGAGUCGGGCAUGGGCAACGGCGGCAGCGGCGGCUACUACCAUGUCACCCCGCCCUACGACACCAAGAUUGUCUUCACCUGCAACUUUGAGCUGGACGACUUUGGCGGCUUCCUCCAGCUCUCCCACGACUACUUCACCGCCACCGGCGACGCAGACUUCUUCAACAAGUUCCAGUGGAUCUACGCCAUCCAGUCCAUCCUCGCCACCUCGCGCGAGAUGCAGCAGCCCACCUACGGGCCCGACGGCGAGUGGCUCGUGCCCGUGUACACCUUUCAGUCCCAGACCAUGAGCGCCUCGGGCACCCUCGCCAACAACGGCAUCGGCAGCCCCGUCAACGACACGGGGCUCGUCCGCUCGCCCUUCCGCCCCUCGGACGACAGCGCCACCUUUGAGCACCAGAUCCCCGCCAACAUGAUGCUGUCCCGCUACCUCGCCUCGUGCGCAGAGAUCAUGGACAAGCUGCCCCGCGCGCCCGCCGGGCUCGCGGCCGAGAUGCGCGUCAUGUCCGCGCAGAUCGACGCGGCCAUCAAGCAGUGGGGCAUCGUCAAGACCCCGAGCGGCGACGAGAUCUACGCCUACGAGGUCGACGGCUUCGGCGGCAUCAACCUCAUGGACGACGCCAACGUGCCCUCCCUGCUCUCGGCGCCGUACCUCGGCUACGUCGACCGCGCGGACCCGGUCUACCAGGCCACCCGCAAGUUCGUGCUCAGCAGGCGGAACCCCUGGUGGUGCUCGGGCACCGUCAUCAACGCCGUCGGGUCCCCGCACGUGCGGCCGGGCGCCGCCUGGCCGAUGGGCAGCAUCAUGCGCAUCAUGACCAGCGACGACGACGACGAGAUCCGGACCACGCUCAAGGAGAUCCUGGCCAGCACGGACGGGCUGGGCCUGAUCCACGAGAGCGUGGACAGCAACGACGCGAAGCGCUGGACGCGCGAGUGGUUCACCUGGGCCAAUGGGCUGUUUGGCCAGAUGAUUAUGGACCUGCAUGCGAGGAAACCGCAUCUGCUCAGGGAGAGCUACCAACCGCCGCUCGUGCCGCCAGAGGGAAGGGGCGCUGGUGCGCCCAAGCCGGAUGUCGAGACUGUGCAGGCUGUCGGCUGAUAGCGAUGGUUCUGUCCGGGUAUGUUAUAUAUAAGUGUAAAGAGUUUAAUGCAGCAAAACCCAAGAAAGCACACAUUUAUUGCAUUCGUCACAGUUUAGGUGGGC